AUAUUUGUUGACCUUGUACUCUUCGGUAUUUAUAUAAACAAAUCAGUCUGAAAUAUCUGGAGCCUGAGACAUUUUGUCUGAACCUCUAACAUGAUAGGUCGUCAUUCUACCCCUCCCAAAUGGUCAGCUGAAUUCUGUGCCUGUGGAGAACAACCUGUAACAUGUUUCGUAACUUGCUGUCUACCCUGCAUCACCUUUGGCCAAAUUGCAGAAAUUGUGGAUGAAGGACGAAGUUCUUGCGUUGGACAAGGGUGUGUGUAUGGGUUACUCAUGGUGGUAGCAUGCAACUGGGUCUACUCAUGCCUUUACAGAGAGAAACUGAGAGCAAAGUUUGGGUUACCGGCAGAACCUUGUUGCGAUUGCUGUGUUACUUGCUGCUGCGACCCAUGUGCCUUAUGCCAAGAACAUGCGGAGCUAAAAGCAAGAGGUUUUGACCCUUCCAAAGGUUGGAUUGGGCCACCAAAUGCACCUCCUCAAAUGCCACCUUCCAUGUCUAGAUGAUCCAUCUCCCCCAAUCACUAUUCAUCCACACGCAAAUGCUUAGAUAAAUGAACAUAACGUGAAGGAGGAAGAAUAUUUUCAUCAAUGUUUAUGUUUGAAUAUUAUGACAUGCAUGUUCUUGAACAAUCUUUUAUUAG